GGCGGGGCGGGUCGGAGCGGGCAUGGCCGCGGCGCCGGGGGUGACGGAGCGGUACUUCACGCGCUGGUACAAGCCAGAUGUUAAGGGUAAUCUAUGUGAGGACCAUUGUAUAUUGCAGCAUUCUAAUAGAAUCUGUGUCAUCACGCUGGCAGAAGCUCAUCCUCUUCUUCAAAAUGGGAAAACAAUUAAGAGUAUUAAUUACCAAAUCAGUGCCAACUGCAGUAGACUUCAAAAUAAGGUCUCCGGAAAGUCAAAGCGGGGUGCUCAGUUUCUAACAGAACUUGCCCCUCUGUGCAGGAUAUCUUGUUCAGAUGGAGAAGAAUAUACUAUAUAUAGUUGUAUAAGAGGGCGGUUGAUGGAAGUUAAUGAAAACAUUCUGGAUAAUCCAACUAUUCUGCAAGAAAAGCCAUCUACUGAGGGAUACAUUGCAGUCGUACUACCCAAAUUUGAAGAAAGUAAGACCAUAACUCAAGGACUUCUGACACAGAAGGAAUAUGAAGAAGUUUUGUUGAAACGUUUUAAUUCCACUUCAUGAAGCUCUAUUUUUAACUGAAAACAUAAAAUGUCUGAACCACACUGUGAAUAGCUUCAGAAUUAAGUAUUGCAUAGAUAACAUUUGUAAUCAUCUACUUCCAGUAUAUCCCAUAGUGCAAGAGUUGUAACAUGAAAGAUUUUAAAAUUGUACACACUUAACGUAGGGGACUGGAAAUUAGUUCUUUAAUUUUUUUAUGGGUUUGUUUAAUGUUUUUUAAAUGAGUGAACA